UGUUUCUGUCCGGAGUCUAACAGCUGAUUUUUGUGCCUAGCGUUGCUCACACAUGGAGACUGAUCGGCGGGUUUUCAGAAGUUCAAUGUGAUUUGCAAUAAAACGAACUGAAAUGACAUGCUACAAGUUGGAGAUUUUUUUAGAGAGUUUUUGAAAACAACCGGAUGAAAACACCAAUUUUCAGACGGCGCUGAUUUUUUUUUUGGAAGAAUGCCUGGUGGAAGUACGAGGCCACACCGUGGUAGGCGGCCUAGACGAAGUGCAGGAGCCCAAGCUGCCAGGAAUGAACUUGUCUCCCAGUCUCUAGAAAGUGCUCAGCAGUGUCUGGUGAAUCAGGAUUAUGGGACUGCAUUUGCCCAUUACCUUUUGGUGCUCAGUCUGGCACCAGCUCUGAAAGAUUUUGUCAAAGAAAGUUUUCGGUUCACUCUCUUCCAAUGGGCUAAUGUUUUGGGCUCCUUAAGUCGCGUACAGGAUUUGUUUGAUUGCUACGAGCAAGCACUUGACCUCUUUCCAGACGAUGAAGUUAUUUUGAACAGCAUGGGAGAACAUCUUUUCAGAAUGGGUUUUAAGGAUGAAGCAGCGGGUCAUUUUUACAAAGCUCUGAAACUGAAACCAGACUUCACUGAAGCCAAAGAGAAUUUUUACCGAGUUGCAAAUUGGUUAGUUGAGCGCUGGCACUUUCUAAUGCUAAAUGACAAGAAAAGGAAUGUGAAAUACCAAGAAGCCAUCCAGAAGGCGGUGAAGGCUGGUUGUGACACUGUCCUUGAUAUUGGCACUGGAACUGGACUCCUCAGCAUGUUUGCAAAAAAAGCUGGUGCUUCAAAAGUAUAUGCUUGUGAGUUAUCGAAAACCAUGUAUGAACUUGCUUGUGAAGUGGUGUCUGCCAAUAAAAUGGAAGGAGAAAUUGACAUUAUGCACAUCAAAUCUCUGGAUAUGGAAAUACCCAAACAUAUACCCAGCAGAGUGUCUUUGGUUGUGACAGAAACGGUGGAUGCAGGACUGUUUGGUGAAGGAAUUGUGGAAAGUUUAGUUCAUGCAUGGAAACAUUUGCUUUUACCUUCUCAGGGUCAGACGGGCUGUUCCAGUCAGGCGGGUCGAGUUAUUCCAGCUAUGGCUACGGUGUUUGGCAUGGCAGUGGAAUGUCCAGAGAUAAGGAGGCAUCAUAGGGUUGGCGUGCAACAAGUAGGUGGAGUGUGUUUGGAAGGAGCUGUGUGUCUUCAUGGUCCAGUUAAUUACAACAGUGACAAUGGCGACUCUGAAGAACCGUACACCACUGAGAGAAUGAGCCGGGUGCCUGGAGGGUACACCCCUCUGAGUGAACCUUUUCAGGUUAUGACGGUCAAUUUCAACGAACCAGAGGAGCUUGAAGGCCUAUGCUGUCAAAAACCUUGUCGGAUCACUGUGCCAGUUUCCAAAUCUGGCAUUUUUGAUGCCAUCAUUUCAUGGUUUGUUCUUCAUUUGGAUGAUGAAAUCAGCCUUUCAACGGGACCCGAGGAAGAGACGUGCUGGGAGCAGGCAGUUUAUCCUGUACAUAAUAGUCUUCUUAAUAAAUCAGAAUUUUUGGUUCAACCCAAAGACAGCUUCAUUCUGGAGGUCUCCUGCCAGGACACAUAUUUAAGAAUCGGUAGCAUUUCUGUUAUAAAAGAGGGACCCCUAACAGACGUGGACAAUGAAGCCAAACUGUGCAGUGCCUUAGCCGGCCUUCAGACGACCCAAGCAAGAACUCCACAGCCCCCUUGCACCCUGGAAUCGUCUGAAAUCGCCUUGCUUAAUAAUCUGCACUACCAUGACGUUUUUAAACGAGCACUGGGAAAGCUGGUGUCCUCUUUACGUGCACGAUGUGAAUCGCAGAGCCGCACGCUGGAUGCCAAUUCGAGCAGAGACUGUGGGAAAAGUCAGACGGAGCCGCGCUCAAAUGUGACCCCCGACCCUUUGUAUGUUCUGGAUGUCUCGGAGGGUUUCUCUGUACUCUCUUUGAUUGCUGCCAAACUUGGGCGAGUGAAGGCUUACAGCUCCGUAGAGAAAGAGCAGCACCAAACGGCACUGAAGAUUUUAGCAGAGGCUAACGGAGUCUCAAAAGAAAUGCUUCAGUUUUGGAUGAGCCAUCUCGAGGAAGACACGGCCAUCCUGCAGAGGCCCGCGACGGACAAGCUGUGGAGCGCCGUCAUUCUGGACUGUGUGGAAACCAGCGGCCUCAUUCGGGAAGAACUGUUAGAGAAGGCUGCUUUGGCCAGGUGUUUACUGGAGCCCGGUGGUCGCAUUUUCCCUGGACGGAUAGUGAUGUACGGGAUGUUGGUGGACUCUGAUGUCCUGCUGCAGGAAAGUGCCGUCCAAGGACCAGAGCCAACUCUCGGGUUGCGGGUUGCACCUUCCAUAAACCGCUUCACUGUACCGGUUCACAUCUUUGUGGAUUUAACAACGCUGCCAUCUGUCCACCUUAGUCAACCAGUAGAGCUCUUCUCCCUGGACCUGAUGUAUCCUGGCUCGAACUGCAGAAGCAGAGAAGUCACGGUGCAAGUCUGUGCUCCCGGACGAGUGACCGCGGUGCCCUUCUGGUACGACGUCCACCUCGAUGACGAAAUCUGCUUGAGCACGUUGGCCAAGGACUCCCACUGGAAGCAAGCGGCCGCCCUUCUGAACGAGCCCAUCCAAGUCCGAGAAGGCGACCACGUUGUGCUGUGCGUUUGCCACCAUAAGAGCAGCAUCUCAAUCACGGCUCGUCGGCAGGAGACCGGAGACCCUGGAGGAGCAUUUCAGUAGAGCCAUUUACGGUUUGUACAAACGCACAGUACUUCUGAUUCUUUGAAGCUUAGCUUCCUUCUGCUAGAAUUUUUUUUUAAAUAUAUAAAUGAAUUCCAUGUUAAUUUAGGAAAAAAGUUAAAACUGUGUUUUCUCGAAAAUGGCAGCUACUGACAUGUCACGGUAUGAAUGACGCACGUUAUUACUGAGUCUCGGUGCAGCCAUUUCCAGUCUACGCCGCACAUUUGGUCACGUGACUGUACCAGGCCUUCUGGGAAGCUGUGGAUGGACCAGAACUUCCAGUUUCACCAGCACGGUAGCCAUUGGUGGUGAUGCGACAGCUCGUUGAGUCGGAUUGGUUGGCUUUCUUUCCAUUUUGCUUUAGAGUCGGAAGUCCAGACGUUUCACUUGUCUGUAUGGACAGAAGGCUAAUGUCUGUUAUUUGUCACGCGAUAACUCGCAAACUAAACGGGUUAGAACUUGGACCUCGGUCUGAAUUGAAUGCUAAAUAUUCUGGAAAUUAAAAAAAUGUGAGAUAAUAAAAUGUAAAUCAUAUACAGGAGGUAUUUCUAGGACUGUAGGUCUGCGUGUUUCACUCGUCUCUGUAAAAUGCUAAGGUCGCGUCUCUUGUCAUGUCAUCACUUAACAGCUGAAGUCUGACGUUUCCAUCCACAAUUCUUUAAAGUUCACUUUCUUACCCUCCACAGAUUUUAGAAUCACAGACCAUAAAGACGUCUGCUCUGUGCAGGGUGAAAAUCAUUAAUCCCCACAAUGCUCCCAGACCACAGCCUGUUUCACUUUUCAUCAACCAUACCACAUUUCCAGGGGGGGUCACAAGUUUACUUAAUAUUUGGUAAGGUGUUGCCUUUAAAUCGUAUAAAUGUUUCGGGUCUCCUUAGCCAGGCUUCUUACAAUGAGGUGCGGGAAUCCUCCAGACAGGACUGGUGGAACUGGGACAGGAUCGUCGGCCUCCUUGCUCCACACGCUUUAUCAGUUCAAUCAGAUUGAGGUGAUGGCUUUGUGAUGGCCGCUCCAAUACCUCGACCUUGUUGUGCUUAAGCCAUUUUGCCACAACUUUGGAGGUCUACUUGGGGUCCUUGUCCAUCUACCACAGUGUUCUCCAACUCCGGUCCUGGAGGACCACCAUGGCUGCAGGAUUUUCAUUCUAACCCUUUUCUUAAUGAGUGACCGGUUUCUGUUCCUAAUGAACUCCUUUUGCAUUCAUUGUAAUGGACCUGCUCUUGAAGACUCAGACCCCCUUCAUUGUUCCUUUUUCCUUAAUUAGCAGCCAAACAAUAAUGAGAUACAAAAUGAGCCAAAGCAACUGGUAUCCAUCAUACAAUAUCUGAAAAUAAAGAAAGCUGAAGUCAUGGCAGCUG